AUGCCAGGGUUAGCGCAGAGAUAUAAUAAUAAGAAUAAUUAUAGUGAUAAUAAUAAUGUUUAUCAGAAUCCUUUGGCGGGGAGCGGACCGGUGUCGUUUCCUGUCUUGAAUGGACGGUUAGUUUUGGGUGGUCACGGGAACGGGUUCUGGUCAAAACACGACGAUGAUGUGAGCUGCAAUCAGCUCCAGAAGUUUUGGUGUGAGCUGGUGCCGCAAGCACGGCAGGAGCUCUUAAGGAUUGACAAGCAAACACUCUUUGAGCAAGCUCGCAAGAACAUGUACUGUUCUAAAUGCAAUGGGUUGUUGCUUGAAGGUUUUUUGCAGAUUGUCAUGUAUGGGAAGACCAUGCAGCAGGAUUUUGCAGGUGGAAAUUGCAGUAUAAGAGCCAACAAAAGUGACAGUGAUUUAUGUAUGAAAAAUGGGCGCCCAGAUGAUGCUCAAGAUCCAUCCAUACACCGUUGGGGAGGAUUAACCGCAGCUCGGGAUGGGACACUUACCCUUUUGGAUUGCUAUCUUUACUCAAAGUCUCUGAUGGGGCUCCAAAAUGUCUUUGACAGUGCACGUGCACGGGAAAGGGAACGUGAGUUGCUUUAUCCUGAUGCAUGUGGAGGGGGUGGUCGAGGAUGGAUAAGCCAAGGAAUGGCAGGAUAUGGAAGAGGGCACGGAACAAGGGAAACAUGUGCUCUUCACACUGCCAGAUUGUCUGUGGAAACAUUGGUUGAUUUUUGGUCGGCACUUGCGGAAGAGACUCAGAAGUCACUUCUAAGGAUGAAGGAAGAAGAUUUUAUUGAAAGGCUCAUGUAUAGGUUUGACAGCAAGAGCUUUUGUAGAGAUUGCCGAAGAAAUGUUAUACGAGAGUUCAAGGAGCUGAAGGAGCUAAAACGCAUGCGAAGGGAACCUCGUUGCACAAGUUGGUUUUGUGUAGCAGACACAGCCUUCCAAUGUGAGAUUUUUCAUGACACGGUUAAAGCUGACUGGCAUCAAACAUUUUUAGAUGCAUUUGGAUUAUAUCAUCACUUUGAAUGGGCAAUUGGAAGUGGAGAAGGAAAAUCUGAUAUCUUGGAGUUUCAAAAUGUUGGAUUGAGUGGAAGAGUUCAAGCAGGUGGUCUAGAUCUUAGUGGUAUGCAUGCAUGUUAUGUAACUCUACGGGCCUGGAAAAUGGAUGGACGCUGCUCUGAACUUUGUGUGAAAGCUCAUGCUUUGAGAGGUCAACAAUGCGUUCAUUGCAGACUUGUUGUUGGUGAUGGUUUUGUUAAAAUUACUAGUGGGGAAAGCAUCAAAAAGUUCUUUGAGCAUGCGGAGGAGGCCGAAGAAGAGGAGGAUGAUGAUUCCAUGGACAAGGAUGGAAAUGACUUCGAUGGUGAGUGCUCCCGUCCUCAGAAACAUGCGAAGAGCCCUGAACUUGCUAGAGACUUCCUUCUUGAUGCUGCAACUGUAAUAUUCAAGGAACAGGUUGAAAAGGCCUUUAGAGAAGGAACUGCACGGCAGAAUGCACACAGCAUUUUUGUGUGCCUUGCAUUGAAGUUGCUGGAAGAACGCCUGCAUGUUGCAUGCAAGGAAAUCAUUACCUUAGAAAAGCAGAUUACACUUCUUGAAGAAGAAGAAAAGGAAAAGCGUGAAAAAGAAGAACGAAAGGUGCGCCGAAGAACAAAAGAAAAGGAGAAAAAGCUGCGAAGAAAGGAAAGAUUAAAAGAGAAGGAAAACAAGGAGAUGAAAUGUGCUGAAUCAAUUCAAGAUCCUGUGGUUCUUGAUGGUUCAAAGGAGAACCCAAUGCCCACUGUUGCUGAAAACUCAAACGUGGUCAGUAACAAAGAUUUUUUCAAUGAAACGGGUGGUGAAGCUAUUUCAUCCUGCCCUUUGUCUCCAGAUAUUCAAGAUGACCAGUUUUUGAAGGAUUAUAUAUAUUCAAAUACAGAAAACCAUUUGGAAGACAGUCCUGAUGAGGAACUUGGUAAUAUUAGAGAUUCAAACGGCUCUUUCCCCCAUGAUCACAUCAAAUAUUCUAGCAGGAAGCUAAAGUUUAAAAAAGACCUCAAACAGGAUUUGAACUUAAAGUGGUCGGGUGGGAGAAAAAGUACCGUUCUUACAGAGUUUGGGGAUACUGUUAGCAAAUAUGAAUCAAGAUAUAAUGAUGAUGGCUUUCAUGUUAGAAGUAAUGCUGUGAAGAACAGUAGAAAUUUUGGCCCAAAAUUUAGUGAAAAGUUUCAGGGUACCAAGAAUAGGGUAGGAGGUGACAGAUUUGAUUCACAUGCUGGCAGUUGUAACCAUCAUGAUGAUUACAGAGCAAGGCCUGAAUCACAUAUUACAAGAGUAGUCCGGGACCCUAAAUAUGUGAAUAAGUUGGAGGUCACUGGUAUGUCAAAACCAUAUUAUCGUGGACUCAAUUGUAACCUAGUUGAGUGUUCACGUGAGAUGAGUGGACGACCUAAAAACAAAAUUAUAGCUAGUAACGCUUCUUCACCUAACAUUAAGCGAGUUUGGGAACCAUUGGAUUCACAGAAGAAAUACAUCCGAAGCAAUUCAGAUCCUGACGUUACUACAAUUUCUACUCUCAAAGUUGAAGUACCAAUCAAUUGUGAGGAUUAUGGUUUGCAAGAUUCAAUUAAGUCUAGGACUGAAAAUGUCAGAAUUGAACAAAAUGAAUUUCAGUCAGUGGCAAAGUCCCAGCAAUUCUCGAAGGAUGUAGCAGAAGAGGAUGGCAAGUUAUGUCCUUCGAUAAAAUCUUUACAUGGAAUGCUAGAAUCAUCAAUUGGUAGCUCUUCUAACUCUGACAAUUGCUCCUUCUGCCUCAGUGAGGAAGACAGCAACACAUCCUCUUCAAACCAUCAAAACUUGGAUUCAACAUCGAUGUCAGAUUCAGAUGAGGGCAGCCAAAGUUCAGAAGGAAGAGAAAGUUCACAUUGCCUUAAAAAUAUCUACACUGAGUAUCGUGGAGCCGUGGUCGAGACGAGGCAAAACACAGAGAGGGGUGAUGACACCAUUAGCCAGACACCUGACUGUGAUGGAACCAAUUCUUUUGGGAAUUUGCCUUUGAAAGCAACUUCAUAUUGUGAUAGUGGGAGAUUAAAUGUCAGUAUGGUUGCUCAGCCUCCAACUUUGCUUCCGCAAUUUCACAAUCAAAGCAUAGACUAUCCAAUGUUCCCGGCACCAACAAUGCCUUAUUGUCAUCAAAUUCCAGUUUCCUGGCCAGCUGGUCCUACAAAUGGAUUGAUGCCCUUCCCCCAUCACAGCCACCACUAUUUAUUUGCUAGCCCUUUUGGAUACAGUCUGGAUGGAAAUACACGGCUUAUGCAGUGUGGAGCAUUACAACAUCUCGCUCCACCAUUACUUAAUUCUGCUCCGUUGCCUUUUUUCCAGCCAGCUGCUCUUGUUAAUGGCAUUGACACAGUGUGUUCCACGGUUCCAAAUCUAGGUGUGCUAAAAGAAGCUGAACAUGGUUCUAAUGUACAGAAAGUUGCUCCAACUAAUAAGCAGCAUACUGUGGAAGCACCAAGUGUCGUCGAAGCUGGGCAAAAUGUGAUGUCUGAAACAUCAGAAAUGGGAAAUACAAGCUUCUCUCUUUUCCACUUUGGUGGCCCUGUAGCUCUUUCAGCAGGAUCUAAGUUAGAUGGUGACUCUUUGGAAGAAGGAAUUGCAGGGGAUAUUUCUCCAAAUUUAUCAUUGAACCGACCUGAUGGUCAUGAUGCGUGCAAUACGAAAGAUUCUAUUGAAGAAUACAAUUUGUUUGCUUCAACUAAUGGAAUGAAGUUUUCUUUCCUCUGA